GGAAACGCCGAUUCCAUGUUUAUCUGCGAUACUAAUUUAAUUGAGUGUUUAUUAUUGUUAUUUGCUAAAAUUGGCCACCCUUAUUGGAUGGGGCCCUUCGAAUUUUAGAGGACUGUAGCACUUCUUCUGGGCAUCUAGCCCCCAGACAGGAGGACAGGAGCCGCAUUACCAGGACAAGAACCAUCACUGUGCAUAUCCACACACAUUUUGGGACCUCUAUCAACCUUCAAACAGAGAAACGAAGAGCGUACAUUUACUUUUUGAGGCACAAUGCCAUCUCUCUAAAGAUCUAAAAGACACAGAUUCAAACUUUCCCAGCCUUGGCUUGGGUCUUGAGUGUCUCUCCUGCAGCAGCUCACCGUGUGGGGCCCAGACCUGACUUUUGUCACUGUGGAGGCUGCCAGGCGGCAGCGUCCUCUGCCUGUGCGGAUGGCUUUCCAAGGAGCAUCUGCAGUGCUGGGAGGCCAUGCGGCCACGGACCAGGGAGCCUCCCUGUCUGCUUUCAUGGCACGGCCCUUCCCCCCACCCACUGCCGGCGCCUCCCACCGGCCACUCUGGGGGCAGCACCCGCCGCCCCUCCUCACCAUGCCAUUCCCUCCUGGUGGCCCCCUGGUGCUGCCAGCUUUCUCCAGGACUCCGCUGGUGGCAGGAGAAGCUGGCCUUGGCCCCAAUGGGACUGGGACCUGCAAUGUCACUGUGCAGGUCAGGUCAGAACAGGGGUGCUCCGUGACCCCCCAGACUCAGACCAUCGUCCUCACUCCGGCCCCCCUCAGCUGGAAUGCUCCAGGGGCCCUCGGUGGGGGUGCUGCGUGUCCCGCACCCAUCUUCGUGACAGCCUCUGCGGUGGAGACCAGCAUGCCUGCCUCGGCCCGUGGGGGCUCCCAGGCCGGCAAGGGAGGCUUGGCCCCAAGCCUUCCACCUCCGGCUCAGCCCCCAGUCACGCAGCUGACCACCGUCGUGCCCCCAGUCAACGCCAGGCCACAGCCUCACGGAGCUUCCAGGAGCCGGACCACGGCCUCGCCCCAGGACUCCUGUAACCCCAAGAGUGUUUAUGAGAACUUCCGGCGCUGGCAGCGCUUCAAGUCGCUGGCCCGGAGGCACCUCCCGCAGAGCCCCGACGCAGAAGCUCUCUCCUGCUUUCUCAUCCCGGUGCUGCGGUCCCUGGCGCGCCUGAAGCCCACGAUGACGCUGGAAGAGGGAGUGCGGCGGGCCGUGCAGGAGUGGCAGAGCAAAAGCAACUUUGACCGCUUCAUCUACUACGAGAUGGCGGGAAAGUUCAUGGAAUUCGAGAUGGAGGAGGAGAUGCAGAUGCGGAAGUUACAGUGGGUGAAGGUGGCCCAGGGCCUGCCUCCCCCAGCGCCCCCGAAGCCUGAACGGCGGGGGCCCCCAACCGCGGAAGCGGGCCCGCAGCCAGGUAAGGCCCCCACAUCCCCAUGACCGCUGGUAGACCAUGGCUGUGGGGGCCGGGGGAAGGCCUCUGUCCCUGGGUCGUGUCUGCUCCCACAAGGGGACAUUGGUCCUUUGACCAGAGCCGCCGGGGGUCUCAGCUGCCCUUUCCCCCAGGGACAUCAGUGUCCCCCUAACACUGCCCUCCCGAUGCUCUGCCCGAGCCCCUCACGCCUCCUCCCUCCUUCUCGCUCUGCCUCAGCGUGCGUUCCCAGGAAUGCGGGUUCCAGGGCCCAGCCCUCCCGCCUGCAGCCACACCGACCCCCGCGGCGCCGGCAGACCAAGGCGCCCAAGGAGAUCCCUCCAGAGGCUGUGAGAGAGUACGUGGACAUCAUGGAGGGGCUGCUGGGGCCUGGCCGCUCAGCCCCGGGGGGCCCGGCAGGUGAAUGGGGAGAGGACGGAAAGGAGCCACAGCAGGACGAGGCCGCGACCUACCCGGACCCGGGUCUCCUGAGCUACAUUGACGAGCUGUGUUCCCAGGAAGACUUCAUCACCAAGGUGGAGGCAGUCAUCCACCCCAGCUUCCUGGCGGAACUGCUGUCCUCGGAACCACAGCUGGACCUCCUGGCCCUGGCUGAGAAACUGGAGCAGGAGGAAGGGCUCAGCCUUGCAGAGCUGGUGGAGAAAAGACUGGCGGCCUUGAAUACGGAGGAGGGUGUGCAGGCACCGCCACGUCUCUGCGCGGCCCGAUCGGGCCCCAGUGCAGAGCACGAGACUGGUCCCGGGAAGGGGCUGGGGGUCAGCGACAAAGCCUGCCCAGCAGACACCGACGGCCAGGACCUUCAGAGGCACGGCCGAGCACAGACACACCUGUCGGGGCCCAGAGCCUUUGCUCGCUCUCCCGGACGACAGGAGACCCCUGCACCCAGGGCCCGACGGGUCCCCGCCCCUCCCCAAGGUCAAAGGUGCGCCGCCCCUGGACCGGGCCCCAGGGAUGCCCCGCUUCUCAGAGAGGCCCCUCCUGCUAGGGACACUCGAGGGCUGGUGGAUGGGUCCAGUGAGGACGAGGAGGAGCUCCCCAGCCUGGCCUUCCUCCUGGCCUCUCAGCACAGGCUGCUGCCCUGGAGGCUCUCCCAGAGUCCCGCUCCUGCCUCAGUCAUCCCCAGCCCCGGCAGGGCCCGUGGAGCCCCCUCUCCUCAGAGAAUAGGCCUCGGCCCGGCCACCGACCCAGCUACAAAGUCCAGGAAGCGGGCUCUGUGUGAGGGUCCUGCCUCUGUGGCAAAGAUGCCCCUGCCUGGGGCCAACCUCAGGGUGUCUGGGAGGCCGGCCUUGGCUGUGGGGCUGGUUCACCCCUCACAGCCUGCAAAGAGAAGGCGUGACUCCUUGGUCACAGGGAGGAGAAGGAAUCGUCACUGCAGCCAGUAG